GAAUAUACUUGUUGUUGCUGGCAUAAUUACAAAGGCACGAUGCCUACACCUUUUCUCCUCCAUCUACGCCGCCUCCUCUCAUCUCUUCUCUUUACCUCUACCUUCUGAGAUGUAGCUGACCGACGACAGAGCAGUUUGGAUUCUCCGGAAGGGAGGAGAGCUGCUGGGUAUUUCUGGGGAAGCAAUGGAAGGGAUGGGAAGAGGGAGAAAAUGGAAGAGUCUGAAACAGCGGCUGAGAUUUAAAGGAAUGGGAUGCUGUGGUAGCUCAUGGGGCUUUGGGGCUCCGACCCAAAUGCAUGUAAGAGAAGAAGAAGAAGAAGGAGGAGAAGGAGACAUGACGAGAGACGUUUUGGUGGAGAACCCACAAGAGGAAAACGCAUGGAUAGAUGGGUGUUUGGGUCAGAUACCGGCAUCAACGGGGAUGAACCUAGCAACGGCAUUGGCGGUGGAGAGACACUUCCGAGCGGCGCAGGAUACGGAGGGGGUACACAGUACGCCGGAGAGAGUAUCUCUGAUGAGGAGAAUGGUAGAAGAAGAAGGAGAAGGUGAAGAGAGUGGUAGUGAGUUGGGGUUAUGGUGCAUCGUUUGCAUGGGAAGGAAGAAAGGUGCAGCAUUCAUACCAUGCGGUCACACCUUUUGCAGGGUGUGUUCGAGGGAGCUUUGGUUGAAUCGAGGGUCUUGUCCCCUCUGCAACCGCUCUAUUCACGAGAUUCUCGAUAUUUUCUAGAUGGAUGGAUGGACGGAUGGGUAGAUGAAAUGGACGGUCGUUGAGAGCCGAUGGAGCUGUAAUAUACAUGCAUAGAGAAAUGGGACCGAAAAAAAAAAAAAAAGGGUGUGAGGUCGUUGAUUUCCUUUGUUUUGUAAUUUCAAUGUAAUCUCCUGAUUAGUUAUUUGAUGAGGAUGAUGAUGAUGAACGAUGAUGAUUAUAGUUUUUUUUUU